AUGAGCUAAUUGAAUGGUUCUUUAAUUAUGAGAACUGCUUAUCUGUAAACCAGAUUCAUUGCUUAAAAAUUGAAUUCUUCUUCAAGGAUAGAACAAAAUUAAAUGUAAACAUCCUAAAAAGCAAAAUUUAAUAAUCCAAAACAGAAAAAAUCAUAAAUUAAUUUCAGAUUUGAUCUGAAAAAUUUUGAAUUUUCAGAAGUUUUGAAUCAGCAAAACUAUUUAGGUGAAAAGGUAUUUGGGGAAAUAUAAGUUUCUGGCAGGAUGAUUUAUUCGUAUGAAAUAGGUAUUUUUUCCUAUUUAUUUUGCAGCAAAGAGAUAUAUUCAUCUUCCGAGAUGA